CAAUAUCUCAAUUUGAUAGGUUGUAGUUGUAAAUUUUGUGACGAUAAAUAAUUAAUAGUAAAGGUAAAACAUGAUAGGCUAGCCUAGUGUAACAGUGACAGUGUGUGUUAGCUGCAUAAAAGCAUAAAGAAGAAAAUUGAAACAUUUUUAUGUUGUGUUGUGGACCUAAUUAAUUGGACAAUUAUUUCAAUUUAAAAAUUAGAGUGCUGUGAUGCAACAGAGAGAUGUGCUUACAAUGUUCAUAUCUUUAAAUCAGUUGGACAUUCAUUAGUUUUUUUGUGAUCUUAACUUAGGUCAUAAUCUUCACUUCAUAGAAAAUGGAAGGUGAUCCUACAAUGCUUGGUAGGCCUACACAGUCUAAUGAUCUAAUACAUAAUUCUCCAAUUGAUUUAAAAUAUCUUCAAAGUGAAGCUAUAAGUUUCUCUUUGCAAGGAGACCAGGUGAAAGUUUUGUUCAGCCCAGAAGAGUUUUACAGCGCUAUAAUUGAAGGAUGUCAAAAUGCCAAACACCGCAUAACUCUAGCCGCUCUGUAUAUUGGGAUGAACAGUAUGGAAAAAAAACUGGUCGAGGUGUUAGAUGAUAGACUGAGAGAACGUGGCUCUAAUCUACAGUUGACUGUUCUACUCGACGCUGUGCGAGACUCCAGAGACUGCAGUGCCAGAAUUAUGUUGUUACCUUUGCUACGGAAACAUUCACAUUGUCAAGUUUCACUGUUUCAAACGCCGGAUUUGCAUUGGUUUUGGUCUAAGAUUUGUCCACCGAAAGUCAACGAACUCAUAGGAAUCCAACACAUAAAGCUUUAUGUUUUUGACGACAAUGUGUUAAUAACUGGAGCCAACCUGACAAAGGAAUACUUCAGUAAUCGCCAGGACAGGUACGUGUUGGUCACAGACUGUCAGCCGAUCGCAGACUUUUGCUGCGGUUUAGUGGACAAGAUCUGCAGCGUUUCACUGCAGCUGACUGAAGAAAACACGAUACUGCAGCCGUCAACAUUCCCCGCCCCUGGACUGUACAGGAAACAAGCAAGACAACUGGUCUGGAGCUUCUAUCUGGAGGAGUUGGCAAAGUCUGACAAACAGUUAAAACCAGGUGACGAUACUUGGGUUUUCCCUUUGCUCCAGCUUCCUCCGAUGUCAAUUCUGCAAGACAGUUCGGUCACGCAGACGCUACUGCAGUCCCUGAGUCCAGAAGUUACUGUACAUUUCUCCAGUCCUUACUUUAACCUUCCCGAGGAGUAUAUUACACUUUUACUGAACAAGUGCAAGAAUGCUUUUAGGAUUCUCAUCCCUCAUCCUACGGCCAAUGACUUCUAUGGAGCGAGAGGGGUGGUCGGUCAGAUCCCUUUUUUCUACUCUGCGUUUUCAAACACAUUUCUGCAACAAGUCAAGAGCGCAAAGCAAACAGAGAGGUUUGAAAUUGAAGAAUUUGUGAGGUCGGAGAGUUCAUUCCAUUCCAAAGGCAUUUGGUGUACGACUUCUGACGACGAUGAUCCAUUCAUGACUAUUGUAGGAUCUUCAAAUUUCAAUUGCAGGUCGGUAUCUCGGGACUUGGAGUGUCAGUUUGUGAUGGUUACGUCCAACCGAGGUCUACGCAAACGUCUGGCCGAGGAAAAAGGUCGACUUUACCAACACGGAGUUCCGUUCACACAAGGAAUCGCCUGUUGUCAACAGUACAAACCUGGACUGUGGCAUUACGCAUUUCUGUGGCUUUUCAAGAGUUACUUCUAAUGUACCCGACAGUCUACACUAAUCUAAACUGCCAAAGAAGUUUUUUUCACUGGUGACGCACAAAUUGUGGUUUUCCGUGCACCCAAAAAAUGCCAAAGUAGGCUUUGAACUGUGGUUUGUUUUGUUGUGAAAAUGUGUGAUUUUUGCUGUAUUGUUCUUGCCACGAUAUAAUUUUUAAGUUGUAUCAAUGCAGAGACCUGAUAUAUUUUAAGAUAAUUCCUGAUGUUAAAGACUGUUAAGUUUUUUUCAAUUUAUAUGUCGUUACUCGUUAGAUAUUUUAGCAAUAUUCCGUAGCUAUUCCGUCCAUCAAAAGUUGUAUUUUUUCAGCCUAUUUACCAAUGGUUUUCCUGUAGAUUUGUUUUUAUUCAAGUGUUUUUAUUGGCAAUUUCUAUCACCCUGUCCCUAAUAGUUAUGACACAUGUAGGACUAAGAUUGAAUGGACUAGAGUAUCUACAAUGACUUAAUUACCACCGAAUGCAUUUAUUUAUAUAAGUAUUGACUAUUUUCUUAAAAAUAGAAUAUUCAUAGUUGACUUGGAAACAGUGAAAUUGUGUAUUAUCUCUUCCUUUAACUUUCUCUCUAUCUUCUUCGUCUAGCUCUCUAGUUUGUUCUUGCUCUCUCCCUUUCCCUAUACUUUCUUUUAACUCGACCCAAGCCUUAUAAGAAUGUAAGACUUUUGUAAGUCAAUUGCUUAAACAAGUAUUUAUUUCAGUUUUAUGUCAGUUGCAUUUUACUAAAUAAUUUUUGCUUUUUAAGAAUACCGUAAUCUAAGUUUAAUUAGUUCAUCACCAUCUCUUUAAAAUUAUUUUGCAAUAAAACUUAUCUACUAUAACAUGUAAAAAAAAAUUGUAAACACAUCACUGUGUUUAUCACAAUAUUAAGACGAUAUUUUAUUUUUCAAAUCCAGUAGUGGUACAAAGUUUUGACCUAUAAAAAGAAAACAUUCCAACUGUCUGUUUUGAUAAUAUAUUUUGCCAUAGACUUCAUUAGAUUUAGAUUAAAAAUCUUUCUAAAUGUGCCUUAUUUUCUUAUCAAAGCAUAUAGUUUUUACAGUAGGUUUCCAACGAGUAAAAUUAAAUUAAUGACUUUGUCGUUAUACUUGCCUAUCGAUAGGCGUAAAAUAGAUUUUGACCUGAUUAUAGCCUUCAAAAUUAGGUCUGUUAUUUAAAAGCUUGGUAUAGAGUCAAAAAUCUGAAUCGAUUGAGACAUAGUGAAGUUUAGAUUAUUGCUUUGUUAGGAUUUUUUAACUUAUCUUUAAAAAUGCUGUUUAGGGUAGUCAUGCCUAAAUCUGUUGGAAACCUCAAAAUUAAAAUCUAAUUUUCUGCCAGCCAAAUCCAAAUUAUAAAUAAAAUAUUUUCCAGCUAGUUGAUUUGAAAAUAAAACAUCACAAUACAGACUGACUGUAAGAUAUUCCAAUUAUUUUAUAAGUUCUCUUAAAUGUUUAUAAAUCAGUUCCUUAAGUAAUAAUGUGAUGCUAUUGUACUGGAAUCGUAUAGUCAUGGUUUGCACAUAUCUGCUCUAGAAACGUACAAUUAUGUUUCUAAAUUGUUAUUGAGAAAUCUUUGUUUCCAUUCUUCAGCCACAAUCAGUAUUAGCUUUAUAGUAUAACAGUAAAAUUCUGCAUUUUUCUGUAUUAUAUUUUUGUAAAGUAAGCUAAAAGAUGUUAGUUAAUCUGGUGCUGUAUUAGCAAAUAAAGAU